UAACUGUCACCCGGCCCCUCGGAACAGUCAAUAUAAGGCGUAAGCAUUUGUCAGGACAACCCGCCCGCACCCAUAUAGUGCCGUUUACCGUCAGAAGUGGAUUGCUUUCUUCGAUGAGAUGCUUAAACGCCACUUCCAAAUGGCCGUUUCUCAAGAGCCAUGAUGCGAAGGGAAACGGUACGGCCCCAGGUCUGAUGCAUGCCAAUUGUGCAUAGUAUCCGUGAAUUCUUCGAAUCGUAAAUGCUCGCCGUGCAAAGAAGGCUGUGACGGACGACGACUUCUUUAGUUUUGCACGUUGGGAACUUUUGAUGCAGGAACCCGGGGUGGCUGUCAAAAAAUCGGCCAAGCUAACCCCCUUGGCAAAGUUUAUUGGGCCUUCGGAACUUCCAGCCCGUGUGCAUGGCCCACACAACCCACUAUCGAUUUGUUGUGUGGGUUAUGAGGGCCACAUGGGAGUCCUAAAAAAAACUUCGCCAGUUGGUAGUCUCUAAGCAUGUCGCAAUGAGGCUUGAGCUGUGCACCAAUUGUUUCAUACUCUUUUUCGCUAUUUGCAGUCAUCUGUACACACUUUUCCAAUUUCUUCACUCGCUGCUCUCGAAAAACAUGUGCCUACCUGUACUUGUGUAAUUUUCCAGCAAAACAGAGAUCGAACGAACACACCAUCAACUCGCAAUUUGAUGAAUGUCUUUGCCCUGAAAAUGGUACGGCGCGCUACCUUCCCAUAGUCUACUGUAGUCUGUAGCUCAUCACCGAUUACCCAUGAACCCGUCGCCAUGAACCCAACCGCCUCCAAUAUUGUAUAAAGAGCUUAGCCCCCCGGCGCACAUGUAUUCUUUUUCUGCUAUCGUGUCGAGACCUGUUCAUCCAUUCAGAACAGAACGGGAAUCAUGCGUUCUUUUGCAUUGCUGCCUCUUCUGGCGCAGCUAUGCCGAGCCUUUGUCUCUCCUGACAUCUACACCGUAGUACAGCCAGACACACCCAGCCCAGACCCUGGGCAGAGUAGUCGGCCACCAACUGUUCCUUCUCAAUCCAGGCAUGCUGCUGGGCCUGCUUCGGGGCUGAAUCUGUUUCUCCCCAACUAUCAAGUGGAUCCAAAUUGGCUACCUCUCACUCUUUCUCUCAAGACAGUCGGUCUGCAAGUGAAAGUCAUCGAAUCUCUCGAUAUCUCAUCUCAAUGCCGGAACCUGCUCAUCUACACGUCGCCCAGUGUGACCUACAAUCCUAGCCCAUCGGAUGUCGCAACGUUGACAUCUUUCGUCAAUGGGGGCGGUAAUCUUAUCUUCAUGAACCAAGUUCCCACGGCGCUUCAAGCUCUUGCUGGAGUUUCUGCGUCUACCAUAGAUAACACUGGUUCACGGUCUGUCUUACAGCUCAUCAAGGAUGCAGAAACAUCCGAACAAGUCUUGAAGGGAUUCGAAUUCGGUGAUUUCUAUGACAUCAGCAUGCCUUUUUACGACAACUACACCGAAUCAGGUUUUGUCAAUGUCGGAUACACGCCCGUGCAAGAAUCACAGGUUCUAGGACAGUACCUGGUUCGGAACAAUGGAGUUGACAGCGCGGAUACGUCUGAUACACGGGCAUCCAUUGUCAAACAUCAACCCUCAGGCGCAACCGGACACGUCUACAGCUUUGGGCUUGACCUUGGAUACCUUUAUAAUUUGGCUCAAAGCGAGAAUUACGGUCUAUCCCCUUGGUAUGACGGACAUUACUAUCCUGGAUACGAUAUCGGAAACCGAGUCAUCAAGAACAUUGUCACUUCGAGUGCCCACUUUGCAAGCCUAUGGACUGUUCCAUACAACAAGGGCCUUGCCUUCACCACUACGUGGGAUAUUGACACCUACAUUUCAUAUCCUCAUGGUCAGGGUAUCGCCGCAGCUGCUAUGGAACGGGGCGCUUAUGGCAACCUGAAUCUCCACACCAAAUACAUCACCGAUGCGUACGAAACCGCUUACUUCCAGUACGGAGUCCCGUAUAUCUACCAGAUUACGGGGUUCCGAACAGCGGCUGAUGGGUAUCCUUAUAUCGACUUCGGCAGCCAUACUGUUAGCCAUUCGCCAAAUGCGGUGCAGUUUCCCUACGGAACCCUAAACGAGCGGUUCAUCCAGGGAUCUUACGACGGUUACGCACCCACAAUCUAUCAGUGUGAUCCCUCUGCACCCCAUGGAACACCGGAUGAUGGCCAAUCGUGUACGAGGGGAGGCACAAGUGGUCUUUCCUUCUGGACCGCUGGUGGUACCGCAUCCGGUGAGGUCCGCGUAAGUGCGUUCCUCAUUCGUCACAUCCUGAACACCGAGUUCAAAACCGACUACAACAUGACCACGUAUCGUCCCGGUAAUUUGGCUUUCAACAAGUAUCAAGCCAACCACUGUGUUGCGAACGGCAUCAUCGGUGGCUCGUCAUGCUCCGGAAAUGCCCAUCUUACCCAUCUCCCCUUCCAAGUUACCCACAAUCGAGAGCCAUUCGAGGAACUCCCGUACUACGAGUUCCCUCUCCAAUGGUCGGACGGCGAUGGCAACAUGAGCAGUGCGGACUUCCCCGGCUCAGACUUUGCCAACCAGAUCAUUGGCAUUGAGAAAAUGGCCCGUUAUGGCGGUCAGUACAAUAUCCUGAUCCAUCCAUCCGACGCGGUCCUCGAUAAAAUCCAGAUUCAGAGAGCGCUCCAUGAUAGAGUUCGACCCUAUGCAGUCUUCUUCAACCAAACGGGAUUUGCCAACUGGUGGACGCUUCGAGAUCGUGCCCAAGUCGACAUCACCUCGGCAAGCGACACUGCGGUUGAAAUGACUGUGCGUCUCGACGGACCAGUCGAAGGGCUGACAGUGCAGGUGCCUGGCAACUAUGUCCUACAGUCUUCUCAAUCGCCGUUGAAUGCAUGCCAACAGCCUUCGUUUGAUGGACUGACGAAUGCUGUGGUCCUCACAAGUACUGCUAAAGGGCUAUAUACCCUUAAGUUUUCAGUCGGUGCAUCCGAUGCAUCAGCCUCGACGUGCCCUGACUUCACACCCCAGCCAAUCGCAGAAUGUGUAGCUUGGGACGUCGCUGUCGAUGAUUUCCUGGAGUUGUAUUUCUACAAUAACGGCGUGAACUUGCUGCUCCUUCAGACUUCGACCGUCGGUCUUUCGUCAAACAACGUGGAUGGAACGUUACAACUCACGGCGAACAACAACACCGCCAAUGGCGUCAACUCGUAUUACACUGAAAUAUCCCGAUUCUGCUUCGAUGCUACGUUGUACACACAUUUGUUCUUCGAUAUGGUCGCGUCGGUAGGUACGCGCUUCUAUGUCCAGCUUGUAUCUUUUGAUGAAGGAUGCAACAAGGAGCAACCAAGCCAGACUUACCUCGAUAUCACGGAUUAUGCCGCCGUUGAUGGAACCAACCACACCGUCUCCAUUCCCCUGGCAGAUUUCGCAGGUCAAGACAUGACCCGAGUCAGAGGAAUCCGAAUUGGGAACAUAUCCCCAGUCCAGACGCCACUUUACAUCGAUAACAUCAAGAUCCAGAAGAGAUGCUCACAAGCACCGGGUGACGACAACACGCGGGGGCUCUCAAUCGACUCAUUCCAGAACGUCGAUCGCUGGAUCACUGGAAUCAACAACAUAAACGGUCAGACUGACUACGAUAACUCCAUGACUUUUGCCAAAUUGUCCGAGUUGGGCAAAAUGCAAUUGCUCCCAUCCGAUUCAGGUUCUUAUUUCUACACGAGUACCGUUGUGAAAGGAAAAAACCUGGAUGCAACCUCGUACGAAUCACUCUCGUUGAACGUGCAGGGCCCAUCUGGUGGUUCUUUCGACAUUGUCGUUACCUCUGGUGCCGGCGCAAACUCUACCGUCAACACUGCGUCGUAUGCCUCGUUGAGUCAGAAUGAUUUUGCCAAUAUCACGGUUCCUCUCUCGGCCUUUUCGGGUCUUGAUGCCGCAGCUAUCAAUCGUAUCACACUACAGAAUUUCACUCCCAAUGGCGGCUCAAGGGCCGAUGUCUUCACAGUUCGCUGGAUCUCCCUUCUGGGCGGCAAGGAGCCGACUCCUCGAGGGACGAAAUGCACAAGAGCUACUGGAUACGUGGUGCUCGACUUCUGUGACACAGAUGAAUUCCGGAAACAAACCAACGCACUAGACGCUCCUUUCUCGGAUGACAACACGAUGCAGACGUAUACUCAGACUGCCCCUGGAAAUAUUGAUCUUGUUCCCCGCGACACUUCCUCGUACUUUUACACAUUGUUCUCACAACCCGGAGGAUGCGCCACUGUCAACAGCUCGUACAACGCUUUCACUUUAUCUAUAGCCGGCCCUGUGGGCUCAACAGUCAGUGUCGGAUUCAGACACGGUGCCGCGAGCUGCAAUACCAACGUCGUGACAUCGCUUGUGCCCAUAACCCUCAAUGGACCACGGAUGGACGUCACCAUCCCCUUCUCUCGCUUCCCGGCUUCCUUCAAUCCAAACAACAUCCAGUCGUUUGUGAUGACGAAUUUCGGCGACGCAGGUCAAACAUACCGUCUAUACUCUUUGGCCCUCGUCGGACCAUCAGACAGCCCUGGAUGCUCCCGUUGCUCCGGCACGCUUCUAAACACGUGUGCAUUCGUAUCGACUCCCCCUACCACCAACCAACUACAAGGCGUCGUUUCGGAUGAAUCCACCCUGAGUUCAUACUCCGUGAACACGGACGGAUCUCUUGAACUGGGCACAACCCCCACCGCCUACUGGUACUCGCAGUUCGGCAGAGACUCAUGCUACAACGCGAACCGCAACAACGCGACUGGCCUGCAGAUCUCGGUGGCAGCGCCUUCAGGCACCACCUUGGACGUGACGCUGCGAUGGAUGACGGACGCAAACUGCACGACGCAAUCCUCGCCGGUCUCGCUGCCCAUCACAUCGUACGUGACGUUCAGCGGCAACGCCAGCUACCAAGUGGCGCAGAUCCCGCUGUCCGACUUCGCAGGCCUCAACGCGAGCAGACUGAGCACCGUCUCGCUCUCUGGCUUCGCCCCCUCCAACAUGGUCCGACUCGGCUGCGUGAGCUUGAUCUCCAUCCCCGACGAAAUCGUUCCCCUGACCUGCACGUGCCCGGCGUCGGCGUGGUUGAACUACUGCGCCGGCGGCCGCCCCGACCGCAACGCCAUCGGCGGCAUCCAAAGCGACGACGGCACCAUGAAAGCCACCCCUGCCAUCGAGAACAACGCGUUGCAGCUCCAGCCCGCGUCCGCUUCGUCGUACUGGUACUCGCUGCUCAACUGCAUGGACGUGUCGUCGGAGUCGACGCUCUACGUCAACGUCACCGCCAACGCGGGCGCGACUUUCAAUAUCCAGCUGCAAAGCAGUGGCAGCGACUGCGCCGACUCGUCGAGCCUGCAGCGCGCCAGCGUCGCGAGUGCUUCGUACGGCGCCAUGACUGGUCGGCCGGUUCUUCUGAGCAUCCCGUUGUCGGCGUUUGCGGGCCAGAAUGCAGAGUUUCUGCUCAAGGCUAUCAAUGCGGUUGUUUUGGAUGGGUUCAGCGAUCAGACGGCGACGUAUACGCUGAAUUGCGCGUAUUUUGCUAACUCUGCGAAUGCUAGCUCCAUCGCUGUGGCAUAA